CAUCUCUUGCGCCCUUUCUAAGAAAGAAAAAGUGACGCCCACUCUUUCUCAAUGAGGAGAAAGCAGUUGCCGGAUAGUUCCACAGCUGCUUGCUAGCUCUCCUCCAUAGCCCUAGGUGAGGGAGCAAUGACCAUAUCACGUGACGAAAGCUAGAGGAGGGUUUUGGGAGACAUUUUUUUGGUUGCAAUCUUCGCGACUUCCAAGGCUUGCAUUUCCUCACCUAGUAGGCCCAAGCUCAAGCUCAGCUCCCUAGCGAACAAGACGACCACGUUUGUCCGCUUUGUGUUCGCCUCCAGGAGGCCCCAUACGCUUGCUAGACGGCUAGUCGCACGUUCGUCGUUUGAGUCGAGUCGACGGGCGAACAUCUCACUGUGGGCCAGGAUCCGAGUCAUCUGCAAGGGAGGCGCAAUGGCGGACUCGAACGUGCUUGGGAAGCGGCAGGAGAAGGAAGGCGAGGAGAAAGUCGCGGCGCCUGCUGCCGAUACAACGGCGGUAAAAGAAGAGGGAGGGCAGGCCAAAAAGGCCAGAAUCGAAGAGACGAGCAGCCCAGAGAAGAACAAGGGUGGCCGCCCCAAUUCGCACAAGGGCGGGAACAAGUCCGGCGGUGGCGGCCGAGACAGACGGGACAGGCGAGGCGGCGGUGAUGGUCAGAGGGAAGACGCGGCCGAGGAUGGCGAGGACGGUGGCAGAUUACCGAAACGCAAGGUGUCUGUCUACUUUGGCUACUGUGGUAUUGGCUACUCUGGCUUGCAGAUCAACCCGGGCGUCAAGACAAUCGAGGGCGACAUCUUCGAGGCCUUCUGCAAGGCCGGUGCUGUCAGCAAGGACAAUGCCGUGAACCCCAACAAAGUCGGGCUGCAGCGAGCAGCACGGACAGACCGAGGCGUGCAUGCUGCGGGCAACCUCCUCACGCUCAAGCUCAUCCUCGAGCCUACUGGCGUGGAGGCCGGUGGUCUCGUCAGCCGCGUCAACGAUCUCCUGCCGCCGUUUAUCCGCAUCUGGGGCCUGACGAGGGUGCAGAACAGCUUCAAUGCCCGGACUAGCUGCGACUCGCGCCAGUACGAGUACCUGCUGCCGACGUACGUCUUCCUCCCACCCAAGCCGGGCAGCGCCAUGUGGCAGACGAUGAGCAAGUCGGCGUCGUCCUCGGCCCAGUCCGACGAGCAGAAUGCGCUGCUGAGCUCGCUGCUCGACCACCCCUUUUGGCAGCAGCAAGGGUCUGACAAGACGUUUGCCGAGGACACGGCGGCGAAAAAGGCGUGGCGAAUGCCUCAAGAGCAGCUCGAGCGCGUGCGAAAGAUCUUUGCCCACUACCUCGGCUCGCACAACUUCCACAAUUUCACCGUUGGCAAGCCGUUCCGGGAUCGGAGCGCACAGCGACACAUGCUCAAGCUCACCAUCUCGGAUCCAAAGAUUAUCAACGAGACCGAAUGGGUCUCGAUCAAGUUCCACGGGCAGUCCUUCAUGCUUCAUCAGAUUCGCAAGAUGAUCGGUCUGCUCAUCCUCAUCGGCCGCACAGCCGCUCCUGACACGCUCGUUCCCGAGACAUACGGCCCCGCACGGAUCCACGUGCCCAAGGCGCCUGGCCUGGGCCUGCUGCUCGAACAGCCCAUCUUUGAGAUGUACAACAAGCGGCUAUUGGACAAUUUAAAGCGGCAAAAUGACCAGUCAUCGGAGGCUGGCCCCGGCGAUGGGCUGGUCAAGAAGGACGAUGUCGUGUUCGCCCGCUUUGCCGACGAGAUGGAAAAGUUCAAGGAGCAGUGGAUCUACCAGCGAAUCUACAAGGAGGAGGAGGAGAAGCAUGAAUACAGCAAGUUCCUGCAGUACCUCGACGUCUUCGUCGGGCCGGACUUUGAAUACCUCAACCCAAGGGGCAUCAUUACGCAGUCGUCCAUCAUCAAAGUGGGCGAGCAGCACCGGAUGCAUGACGAGGCUGCUAAGAAGAAGCAGGACAAGGAGAAGAAAGAGGAAGAGGCAGCAGCGGCGCAAGAGGAGAGCGAUGACGACGACGAGGCCCUGCUCAAGGGCAAUCAGGCCGAGCUCGAGGGCUGAUGCCCAGGAAUACAUAUACAUACUCAUGGAC